AGGAUGAUGCACAUCUAAAAAGAAACAAGAAUAAGUUAUUUUAAAGAACAAUGGCUACAUAUUUUAAAAACACCCAAUGUGACACACUUUUAUGGUUUGAUUGUGAAUUUUUUUAAUAGAAACUGCUAGCUAGGAUUUAAGGGAUAAUAAAAUGGACAAUAUGCAGAAACCAAUUGUAAGAGAGGAACAAAUGAAAGGUGUAACAAGGAUACAAGUAGGCAGAGGUUGUGUUGCCAGAAUAACUGAUAAUAUUAUAAACAACUUCAAAUUCAAACUUAUGCAAUCGUAUUUUGAUGAUAAUUUCAAUGCCCAUCUUGCAAAAUCGGUUGCCCUAGAGUGUCUUAGAAGAGUGAAAUCCAGACGGAGAUGCGUUAGAGAAAUUCCAAUUUUUGCAGAUACAGUCAGAAAUUUUAUCUUCUUUUUACAUGAAUACAACAUGAAGGUUUUUAAGUCUUCGAAUUCCUAUCCGUUCUCUCACGAAUUCUCCGAACUAUUGCACCAAUACGUCCUGCUGGAGUGCCAGAUACUGUACAAAAGAUCGUAUUUUUCCAAAGAACGAGAAAUCCAAGCUCACGACAGGACAUUACGAUUGUUGCUUAAUAUAUUUAAUGACUAUUUCAAAUCCAAAAUGACGCCCAGGAAGGAGGUCAUCGAGAAGUCUGCCAAAGCGAUUUUCGACAUCUUUAUAGAACUCAAUUUGAAUUAUCCGAAUGCUAAUAAAUUUAGGCUAUUGGAAAGGAUGACAGGGUCACUUUUGAAGAAAAUCGGGCGAUACGAUAAGGUAAAUGCCAUUAAAAAUAAGUGUGUUCCAUCGGCAGUAGACUCUGCUAAAGACCCAGAUCUGUUAAUUUUCUCAACAAACGUUAUGACUAGCGAUUAUGGAUCAGAUGAGACGUCCAAUGGGCCCACGAAUGUCAUAUGCAUCGACGAUGAAGAGGACAUUAACAAAGUUCCAGUAGAAGAACAAACUGUAGAAAUAAAGCAAGAACCGGUCAUUAGCUGCAUACAAUCCCGAUGUACACCAAAACCCAACAUGGUCUGGACCAUAUGCCUCGAUGAUGAUGACGACGACGAUGAUAGCCCAAAAGAUGCUUCUAAAGACGAUAUACUCUUUCUCGCUGAAGAAAUUAAGUCGAAAAGGGAUACAAUUAACAAAAAUAAGAAUACCGAAGUGGCCAUAAAAACUCACAAAGUUGAUAAAGUAAUUCAAAGAGAUAAGAUUCCACAGCUUCCUAAAAUUCAAACUGAUAUUCCUAUAAGUAAAAAUAAAAUAAACUACAUAGAUAGGCUACAACAAAUUGAUAAUCUACUAGAUAAUAGAACAACACACGAUGAUGAUCAUGAUGAUGAAGAAGAAAAUGACCAGAAACCAGACAUCAACACUAUUUUUAUUGAAGAAAUAUUAACAAACACCAAAGGCAAUAAUAGUAGUAACAGUCUUCCAAUAUCUCGGCGUCAUAUUCCAACAGAAACUUCAAAUCAGUCAGUAGCUCUGACAAACAUAACUGGUAGAAGCAAAUUUGACCAAACCUUACAACGAAUUAAUACAAAUGGAAGUUCAAAGAAUGGUAUUGAAGAAGAAAAAGAUUGUGAUGAGAAACCAGUUGUAGAGGUUUUAAGACAGCCCGGAACAUCAUUGAUCGUCGAUAUUAUAGAUCUGAUAGAUGAUGAGGAUGAAGAACAAGAUGCCAUCAUAAGCGUGGCCGGCGAUGCUUCACCACUAGCUCGAGCAAAUCCUGAUUCGACCAAACGUCUUUCUGAUAAAAAUGGCGAUGCUAUUAACGAAGCUGAUACAACAGACGUUUCAAGCUCCUGCAUAGUAUCAUCACCAAAAAAUGUUGUUUCUCAUUGCGAUAACGAGAUAUCAACAACUACAGAUAUAGACAUUAUAUCUAAAAAAAUUGUAAAUAUAGACUUGGCUAGCCAUAGUACCACUCUAAAUAAUUCUAAUCAUGUAGAACAAGCGAAAAAAAAUAAACCAGAUUCUUCCAAGUCCGAUAUAGAAGAGAAUCAUUUGAACCAAUCCAAAAACAUUCAGUAUUUUCAUUUAAAUAAAAUAGAAAAAGGAGUUAUUGAAGAACACGUAAGUCUUGAUGGAAUUAAAGCAGUUGAACGGUGUUUAACUCCCGUCGAAGAAUUUAAAGGAGUUAUAAAUUUGGAACAAGAAAACAAAGCUGUCGAUAAAAAUAAUGAAGAUACUGAAAUCUGUAUGGACAUUGCAGACCAGUUGGAGUUAGACGAAACUGCUAAAAAUAAAAAUCGUGAUGAUGAAACUUCAAAUAUAAAUAAUAAAGAAAUAGAAGGAAAUAAAUUAAUUCAAACUACUAGUAAAGACGAUUCUCAUUUAAAUGAAACCUCUAUAGAUGUAAAUAAUGAAGAAAUUGGAAUUCAAACUACCAGUAAAGACGAUUCUCAUUUACAUGAUACUGCUACAUAUGUAAAUAAUGAAAUUGGAGUUCACACUACCAGUAAAUACGAUUCUCAUUUAAAUGAAAUGACUGCUGAUGUAAAUAAUACAGAAAUUGGAGUUCAAACUACCAGUAAAGACGAUUCUCAUUUAAAUGAAAUUACUACUGAUGUAAAUAAUACAGAAUUUGGAGUUCAAACUACCAGUAAAGAUGAUUCUGAUUUAAAUGAACCUGCUACAGAUGUAAAUAAUGAAGAAAUUGGAGUUCACACUACUAGUAAAUACGAUUCUCAUUUAAAUGAGACGACUACAGAAGUAGAUAAUAAAGAAAUUGGAAAUGACAAUAUUUUGGAUGAUGAAAUAUUAGAUAACGGUAUUAAUUCUCAAAUUAUCGAAGAUAAGCAUAAACAGAAAUUAACUCAAACUACCAGUAAAGACGAUUCUCCUUUAAAUGAAACGGUUAUAGAUAGUGUUGAUGAAGAACUUAUACAUGACAGUAAUUUGGAGAAAGCUGUAUUAUUAGCUGAUGGUAAAAAUGAUCAAUUAAUUGAAGAUGUUGAUGAAACCAAAUUAAUUAAAAUUAGUUGUAUACAGGACACAAAUGUUGAAGGAAUUAAAGAUAAUACCAGCAACAGUACAAGUAUACAAGAUAGUGAAGAAAAUCAAUUAAUUCUAGCUACUAUCAUAUGCGAUGAUGAUACUAGUGUUAUAAAUUUAGAAAAAGACAGUUACACAAUAGAAGAAGAAAUCGUUAAUGAUGAUAAUUCAACCAAACUUAUUGAACAAGACUGCUAUGAACCCAUAGCUCGAUUAGAAAGUACUCAACAUGAACAAGAAGACUCUGAUGUAUUAUAUAUUGACAGUAAUCUUGUCGAAGAAGAAGCAGCUGAAAUAAUUAGCGACGAAGACCAGACUUUCUUGUAUAGACAAAAUGAAGAAAAUAUAAAAACUUCUAGUGAAGAAAUCAAUAUAUUGGACGACAAAAUUGAUACUGAAUUAGUUAUACCACUUGCUUCAUUAUCUAUCCAACUACAAUGUAUAAAUGAAGAAAAUUUAACAGCCACGACUACCGAAAUUCCACCAAUAUUUCAAAAAACAGAAGAAUCGACUAUACCAGAACAUGUCGAAGCAAAUAAAAAUGAACCAGAUUCUUUCAGGUCCAAUAUGGAAGUUAUGAAUGUUAUUAAUUUGGAACAAGUAGACAAAGCAGUGUGUAGGGAAGAUUGUCAUGAAAAUAAUGAAGAAACUGAAAGCCAUAUUGGCAUUGCGGAACAGUUGGCUUUAGAUGAAAUGGUUACGAGUCGAAAUCGUGAAGAUGAAACUUCAAAUAUAAAUAAUAUAGAAAUUGAAGAUAAUGUUGAUUUGAAAGAAGAUAUGCUAGGCAGUCCUAAAAAUUAUGAAACGUUUGAACAAAUGGAAGAAAAUAAAUUGGGUCCAUCUACUAGUAAGAAUGAUUCUUAUCUAAAUGAAACGGGUAUAGAUGUAAAUAAUGAAGAAAUUGGAGUUGACAGUACUUUUGGCAAUGAAACAUUAGAUAACAGUAUAAAUUCUCAAAUUAUCGAAGAUAUUGAAGAAAAUAAAUUAAUUUCAACUACUAACACGUACGAUAAUGAUACUAGUGUUAUAAAUGUAGAAAAAGACAAAAUAGUUUUAAACUACACAACAGAAGAAGAAAUCGUUUACGAUGAUAAUUCAAGCAAACCUAAUCAAAAAGGCAGCCAUGAACCAAUAGCUCAUUUAGAAAGUACUCAAGAUAAACAAGAAGACCCCGAUGUAUUAUAUAUUGACAGUAAUAUUCUUGUUGCCGAAGAAGAAAUAACUGAAAUAAUUAACAGCGACGGAGACCAGACGUCCUCGUAUCCCCAAAACGAAGAAAAUAUGGAAACUUCUAGCAAAGAAACCAAUAUAUUAGACGACAAAGUUGAUACUGAUUUAGUCAUAUCACUUGUUUCGUUGUCUAUCCAACUACAACGUAUAAAUGAAGAAAAUUUAACAGCCGCGACUACCGAAAUUCCACCAAAAAUCCAAAAAACAGAAGAAGCGACUGUACCAGAACAUGUCAAAGCGAAUAAAAAUGAACCAGAUUCUUCCAGGUCCAAUAUGGAAGAUGUAAUUGUAAAAGAGAAGCAUUUAAUCCUAUCCAAAAACGUUCAAGAUCUUCAUAUUGAAGAACACAUACACCUUGAAGGAAUUAAAGCAGUUGAACGGGGUUUAACGCACGUUGAAGAAAUUAAAGAAAGAAUCGAAGAUGAUAGCGUAAAUGUUAUAAAUUUGGAAAAAGAAGAGAAAGCAGUCAGUAAGGAGGAUCAUGAUGAAAAUAAUGAAGAAAUUGAAAGUCGUGUGGUCAUUGUGGAACAGUUGGAUUUGGAUGAAACGGUUACAAGUAAAAAUCGUGAAGAUGAAACAUCUAUAAAUAUAAAUAAUAAAGACAUUAAAGAUAAUGUUGAUUUAAAAAAAAAAAUAUUAGACCGUCUUAAAAAUUGUGAAAUCAUCGAAGAAAUAGAAGAAAAUAAAUUGGAUCAAACUACUAGUAAGAAUGAUUCUCUUGUAAAUGAAACCGGUACAUAUAUAAAUAAUGAAGAAAUUGGAGAUGACAGUAUUUUGGACAAAGAAAAAUCAGACAACAUUACAAAUUCUCAAAUUGUUGAAAAUAGUGAAGAAAAUAAAUUAAUUACAACUACUAACACAUACGAUAAUGAUCCUAGUGUUAUAAAUUUAGAAAAAGACAAAAUAGAUUUAGAUAACACAACAGAAGAACAAAUUAUUAAUGAUGAUAAUUCAACCGAACCUAUUCAAAAAGACUGCCAUGAACCCAUAGCUCAGUUAGAAAGUACUCAAGAAGAACAAGAAGACCCCGAUGUAUUAUAUAUUGACGGUAAUCUUCUUGUUGUCGAAGAAGAAAUAACUGAAAUAAUUACCAGCGAUGAAAACCAGAUUUCCUUGUAUCCCCAAAACAAAGAAAAUUUGGAAACUUCUAGCAAAGAAACCAAUAUAUUAGACGACAAAGUUGAUACUGAUUUAGUCAUACCACUUGCUUCGUUGUCUAUCCAACUACAACCUUUAAAUGAAGAAAAUUUAACAGCCGCGACUACCGAAAUUCCACCAAAAUUCCAAAAAACAGAAGAAACGACUGUACCAGAACAUGUCGAAGCGAAUAAAAAUGCACCAGAUUCUUCCAGGUCCGAUAUGGAAGAUGUAAUUGUAAAAGAGAAGCAUUUUAUACAAUCCAAAAACGUUCAAGAUCUUCAUAUUGAAGAACACAUACACCUCGAAGGAAUUAAAGCCGUUGAACGAAGUAUAACACACGUUGAAGAAAUUAAAGAAAGAAUCGAAGAUGGUUGUGAAAAUGUUAUACGUUUGGAAAAAGAAGAGAAAGCAGUCAGUAAGGAGGAUCAUGAUGAAAAUAAUGAAGAAAUUGAAAGUCGUAUGGUCAUUGUGGAACAGUUGGAUUUGGAUGAAACAGUUGCAAGUAAAAAUCGUGAAGAUGAAACAUCUAUAAAUAUAAAUAAUAAAGACAUUGAAGAAAAUGUUGAUUUGAAAAAAGAAAUAUUAGACAGUCUUAAAAAUUGUGAAAUCAUCGAAGAAAUAGAAGAAAAUAAAUUGGAUCAAACUACUAGUAAGAAUGAUUCUCUUAUAAAUGAAACCGGCACAUAUAUAAAUAAUGAAGAAAUUGGAGAUGACAGUAUUUUGGACAAAGAAAAAUCAGACGACAUUACAAAUUCUCAAAUUGUUGAAGAUAGUGAAGAAAAUAAAUUAAUUACAACAACUAACACAUCCGUUAAUGAUCCUAGUGUUAUAAAUUUAGAAAAAGACAAAAUAGAUUUAGAUAACACAACAGAAAAACAAAUUAUUAAUGUUGAUAAUUCAACCGAACUUGUUCAAAAAGACUGCCAUGAACCUAUAGCUCAGAUAGAAAGUACUCAAGAAGACCCUGAUGUAUUAUAUAUUGACGGUAAUCUUCUUGUUGUUGAAGAAGAAAUAACUGAAAUAAGUACCAGCGAUGAAAACCAGAUUUCCUUGUAUCCCCAGAACAAAGAAAAUAUGGAAACUUCUAGCAAUGAAACCAAUAUAUUAGACGACAAACUUGAUACUGAAUUAGUCAUACCAAUUGCUUCAUUAUCUAUCAAAUUGGAGCGUAUGAAUGAAAAAUUUUUUACAGAAGCGGUUACCGAAAUUCCACCAGUAUUCCAGAAAACAGAAGAAACGACCUUUCCAGAACAUGUCGAAAAAAUGAUAAAAAAUGAAUCGGAUUCUUACAGGUCCAAUAUGGAAAACGUAAUUUUAAAAGAGAAUCAUUUCAUCCAAUCCAAAAACGUUCAAGAACUUCAUAUUGAAGAACACAUAAACCUUGAAGCAAUUGUUGAACAGAGUUUAACGCCUGUUGAAGAAAUUAAAGAAGUAAUUGAAUAUGAUAUAAAUUUGAAACAAGUAGACAAAUCUGUUGGAAGGGAGGAUCAUGAUGGAAAUAAUGAUACUAGUGUUAUAAAUUUAGAAAAAGAAGAAAUGGCUAACGAUGAUAAUUCAACCAAACUUAUUGAAAAAGACUGCCAUGAACCCAUAGCUCAAUUAGAAAGUACUCAACAUGAACAAAAAUACUCCGAUAUAUUAUAUAUUGACGAUAAUAUUCUUGUUGUCGAAGAAGAAAUAGUUGAAUCAAUUAACAGUGACGAAGACCAAACUUCCUUUUAUCCCCAAAACGAAGAAAAUAUUAAAAUUUCUAGCAAAGAAACCAAUAUAUUAGACUACAAAAUUGAUACUGAAUUAGUCAUACCAAUUGCUUCGAUGUCUAUCCAACUACAGCGUAUAAACGAAGAAAAUGUAAUAGAUGUAGCUACCGAAAUCCCACCAAUAUUUCAGAAAACAGAAGAAAUUACCGUUCUUGAUCAUGUUGAAGAAGUAGUCGAAGAAAGUUGUAUAGAUAAAGAACAACAGGUUCAUUCACAAGUUGCAGUUUCCGCUUCCAAUUCAACAGAAGAUAAUUUAAACAAACCGCUCGAUGAAUUUGAGAAACACAAAUUUCCUAACUACGCCGAAUUCAAUAAUUAUUAUAUUCCGAACUCUGCGAUUCAAGCUGAACCCAGCAAAAUGCUUAUACUAGCAAUGGCUGCAGAAAUCAAACGAAAAUCGGAAAAAACCUGCUUCUCAAAACAUAAGAAGAAAACAAAGAAAACGAAGAAAGCGUUUAUUAAAGCAACUGAUGAUCCCCAAGACAACAAAGAUGCGAAGAUGCGCGUCACCAGAAGCAAAUCGAGGAAAAGCGGAUCCAAUACGUUCGAGUCCAUUAUAAAGCCGCCAGACUUCACCUCCACAAUAUCUAUGAAGAAGGUCAAAAUUCAUCAGGUAUCGGAGUUGAUUCCGAGCAAAGAAUGUACAGACACUGAUAGCAAUGACAGCGAAAGCAACAUGCUGUUUAUAGAUGAUAAAAAAUUGGAAGAUCAUCACUUAUUAUCCGCUUACGACUCCGACACUCCUGAUGAGAAUCUACAAUUCAGUUACGAAGUUCGAUCCGAAACCAAAACCACUCCAACUAAAAAAAUGCAGAAACUGAAAACUGCAGCGGAACGCAAAUCGUACGAUACACAAAGACUCGGCGAUGCAACAAAGUUGGUUACACCUGAAAUUACCACAAACCCAAUCGCGACCCCCAACGAUAUUUUAGAAUUCCCUGUGACGAAAUUACCGAAAAAAUUACAGCUCAAAUAUAAACUCGUCUCAUCUGUUAGCCUGCUUACAGGCGACAAAAGCUUCGAAUCUUUGCAGAAUAACUCCGAAGACCACGUAUUGCCAACUGUCGAGCAAAAAUUCACAACCCUGCCAGCCAAAUUUAGACACAAGCUCGACAACUCCAGGACGUCCGACAGUGUUACUAUUGAUCUAUCGAAAUGUAAAAAUACCGUCAAAACGACCGCGGAAAAGCUUGGAAAACGGCUGGAAAUUGAGAUCAAAAAAGGAUGUGUAAACGUCAACGAUUCAACUCCUAAUAAAGCUGUAGUUACGGAAAAUAUGCCGUUGAAUCUUCGAAUAAAAACAGUCAAAAUAGAUAGCGAAACAGCAGAAGCCAUUGAUUUAACCAAACGCGAAGAAAAAACAGUUUUUGAAGUAACUCCAAAGAAAGAAAUUAAAAUACUGUCCAAUGUAAUCAUCAGCCCUUCAAAGCAACGCUCCACAGAAACAAAUACCGUUAUCGUACCAACAGACAAUGAUGCAAUAGAGAUUAUAAGUACAGAAGAUACCCAACAACUAUUAUCCCCCUCUUUAAUAGAAACUCCAGUUGAAAAUACUAAUCAAAGCACCUCUCAAACACCUACCAGACGUUCCUUCUUAUACGAAGCGAAAGAAAUCGACGAAAUCAUUGACAAAUACACCAAAGAUGACUGUAUCAGAAUCGCCAAAAUUAAAUUUAAAACUAAACUAAAUUUCAGUGAUGAUGAAACAGUCGAAACGUUGAAUUCCCGAUCUUUGAGAAGUUCCAGAUCAAAAUCCUGCCUGUCGAAAGCGCAAAAGAUAGAAGGAAAUGUGGAGAGAAAGAAAACGAGAUCGAAAUCGUUGAACGAUCAUGUCAAAAAAUCUAGCGAAAAUGUGUCUGAUAAUGUCGGUAAACGGUUGCAGGAAUCGUUGGUAGAGCCACAAAAAUUCCGUAGAGGCAGGAAGAAACAAACUAAGCUGAUUACUGAUCAUGAAAAGAACCAAAGUGUUACCAAUAUUGAGGAACCAGUUAAUAAAACUGUUUCUAAUACGAGUGAAUAUAUUGAUGAAUCAAAACGAUGUCUAACGGAAGCUCACAACCUUGAUAAACAUACAUUAAGACCGAUAAAACAAUCGAAAGUGGCCACUGACCACCAAGACAAUGGAUCGGUUAAUAAAAUUGUUGCUGUUGAACUUGUUAAUGCAUCAAAAACCUCUCCAAUAAAGCUUGAAAAGCUCGAUAAUCAUUCAAUAAGAAAGAGGAAACCUUCUAGACUCUUCUCAGACAUUGGAGAAUCUGUUACGGAAUCAAAACUUUGUUCAACAGAGUCUCCAAAGCUCAAUAGUCAUUCUUUAAGAAAGAGGAAACCUUCUAAACUGGUCACUGAUCAUGCACAGGCUAAUUCAAUUAACAUAACUGGUUCUAUUACUGCUCAACUUAUUGAUGAAUUCAAACCAGGUCAAUCGGCGCCUCAACAAAUCUAUAAACAUUCAUUAAGAAAGAAAACACAAUCCAAAAUGGUGACUGAACACAAUGAUUCAGAUAAUAAAGUUGUUGCAGAUACUGCUGAAUUUAUUGGUGAACCAAAACCCUGUCCAACAGAUAUGCAAAAGCAUGAUAGUAAUUCGAUAAGAAAUAGAAAACCAUCUAGAUUAGCUAGUGAUCAUGAAAACGAUGAAACUGUUAAUUCCGACAAUGGUCAAUUUAAUGAUGAAUCACAUUUAUAUCCAACAGAGGUUAAAAAGCUUGAUUGUCAUUCAUUAAAAAAGGGAAACCCUUCCAAAGUGGCCACGGAUCAUAUAAAUGACACAACAGUUAAUAAAACUGUUUAUGAUAUUUUUCAAUCUAUCGAUGAACCAAUAACCUGUUCAGUUCAGCUUUUAAAGCUAAAUAGUCAUUUGUUAAGUAAAGAAAACACUAAUAAAACUGUUUCUGACACAGAAGAAUCUGUUAGUAAAUCAAAACUAUGUCCAACAGAAGUUCCAAAACUCGAUAGUCAUUUGUUAAGGAAGAGAAAACCUAAACUGGUUACUGAUUAUGCAAACGCUGAUUUAAUUAACAUAACUGGUUAUGAUACUGCUCAACUUAUUGAUGAAUUCAAACCAUGUCAAUCGGUGCCUCAACAAAUCUAUAAACAUUCAUUAAGAAAGAAAACACAAUCCAAAAUGGUGACUGAACACAAUGAUUCAGAUAAUAAAGUUGUUGCAGAUACUGCUGAAUUUAUUGGUGAACCAAAACCAUGUCCAACAGAUAUGCAAAAGCUUGAUAGUCAUUCGAUAAGAAAUAGAAAACCAUCUAGACUAGCUAGUGAUCAUAAAAAUGACGAAACCGUUUCCGACAUAAGUCAACCUAUUGAUAAACCAACAGAGGCUAAAAAGCUUGAUAAUCAAAAAGGACAACCUUCCAAAGUAAAUAUUUAUAAAUUUGACUACCCAAAAUCCUGUUCGAUACAGCUUCAAAGGCUAGAUAGUCAUUUAUUAAGAAGGGAGAAACUUUCUAGAAUGGCAACUCAUCGUAAAAACAACACAACUAAUAAUAAAACCAUGUUUGAUACUGCUGAAAUUGUUGAUGAUACAACAGUUAAUGAAAGUGUUUAUGAUAUUUAUGAAUUUGUUGAUGAAACAAAAUCCUGUUCAUUGCAGCAUCAAAAGCUAAAUAGUAAUUUAUUAAGAAAGAAGAAACUUUCUAGAGUGGCAACUGAUCAUGAAAAGGAUACAACUGUUACUGAAACUGUUUUUGAUACUUCUAAACUUGUUGAAUCAAACCCAUCUCCAACUCAAAAGCUCAACAACCGCCCAUUGAAAAAGAAACUUCGAUCUACACAUAUAACAGAUCAUAACAACAAAAACAAACAAUUAAUCGAUACGUCUGAUAAACAUGUACAAAUAUUAAAACUUGAAAAGAUUGGCGAUGAUGCGUCCAGAAAUCUCAAAAGAUCCAAAGAGUUUGCUGGCCAUGAAAACAAAGAACCAGUUUGUCAUACCGCAAAUGAAAAUCUAUCGAGAAAGACCAGACGCUCUAGAUCCAAACAGUCAAUUGUUCACGAUAACACAAAUGUGAUGGAAUCGGAAAUCUAUAAAAACACUGAAGACGAUUUAUCUAAAAAUAAGCGAAGAUCUAGACAUUUUUCUGAGAAUAAAAGCAAAAAUACAUUUGAGUCUGAUAAUCAUUUGGAUUCCAAAUUAAAAGAAGACUACCAACUGGCUGCGAAGAAACUAAGAUCUAGAUCACUUUCUUCUCGCGAAAACAAUAUCACAAUCGGGCCAAUAGUUGAUAUAACUGAAGAAGGCAACCAACUAUUGGCGAAUAAAUUGGGAUCCAGAACACACUCUUAUGAAAAUAAAAAUAUCACCGAAACAAUAGUUGAUAAUAGUUCCAACAACACCAAGACAACAAAAUCUAAUUCAGAAAAGAACCAAACACUAAGAAAAUCCAGAAGCAGAUCUUUAAUGGAACAGGAAAACAAAGAUAUUGCCGAUGCUUUGUCUGAUACUAUUAAAGCAAUCAACAACGAUGAGUUGUUAAAAAACACACCGAUAUUCGUAACUUCUGAUACAGGCAUUAAAGAUGUUGCUAAAGCUGAAAAUUAUCAAUCUAAACAAAACAAAACGAGAUCCAGGUCUGUAUCUACUUGCAAAACUAAACAGACCACCGAUAAUAAAAAAUCUACACCAGAAUGCCAAACAUCUGCUGGAAAGAAACUCGAAUCGAGAUCAAUAUCUAACCACGAGAACGUCCCUACAGAUUCUGAGAAAAUAAAUCAAACUAAAAAGAGCAGAAGAUCAAAAUCGAAACGACCAAGAAAGAAAGUCAUUGUUGAUUUUGAUGCAAGUUCCAUUGUAGAAACCGGUAUACAUGAUACAAGUAAUGUUAUUGAUAUAACAAAUAUAGAAGUUGCUCUGGCAGAAAACAUAUAUAACCAAAAUAUGAAGACAUUAACGCCAAAUACUACAGAUACAAACGAAAUUAAAUAUGACGACAAUGUUCAGAAAAAUGCUUCGGAAAUCUGCACUCUGGUAGAUACUAUUGUUAUAGAUGUUGACAAUGAUAAAUCAACUGGAUACUGCCUUGAAACAAGUACUGCAGAACAUCACUCGAUAAUAAAAGAGACCAAAAUUAAUGUGGAAGCUGAAGAUAUUAAACACCAAACAAUAAUCGAAGACAUCGUCCCUCAAGAUGAACUUGCUAAUGUCAAGGCCUCCAAAUCUUCAGAAAUAACCGACAGUAACCUCAAAGUUCAACAGAAGAGAACAAAAAGAAAGUCCAAAAAAUCUCUAAUAGGAAAAGAAAAUGAUCAUGACGAAACUGUUAAUGAAAAGACCAUCUUUGCAACUCUAUCAGAUCAGAAACUAGAUCAAGAACAUACACCAGAUGAAAUUAUUGUGAACAAUGUUGAUAUUUCUAUAGUCUCGCCAGAAAUCUGCAAAAAGCAUCCAGAAUCGGAAGAAAAUCAAACUCAAGAUAGUGUUGUACUAGAAACAAAGCAAAUAGAAGACUUGGUCGGGAUUCAGUACCAAAAUAUUCUGCCAUUGGCACUACCCGCUGAGCACAAUCACUUUUUGGAACAAACAAAUUUGAAAGAAAAAGAUAUAGAUAACUUAGUCGCUACUGAAAAAAUGCAAGUUUUAGCUGAUAAUGAUGUCCACAAUUCUUCUUUAGAACAUCAUCCUGAUUGUAAAGAACCAGUAUGCAUAGGACACAGUCAAACACCAGAUGAAUCUGAACACUUACUAACUUCAGAAUCAGUAGCUUUAGUUGACGACCAAAAUUCUCCAUUAGUGUAUUCUAGUGGAAUUAAAGAACAAGAUGGUAUCCAGUUGUUGACACACACUUCUAAAUCAGAUGAAAUAAAAGACUUGGUAAUAUCAAAAACAAAAGAAAUAAAAGAUUCAGUUGAGAAUCAAAUCCAAAAUUCUUCAGUACUUCUAAAUGGCGACGAAGCACAAAAACACGAGUUUACUACACAGAGUCUAAAAUCAGAUGAAUCGGAACACAUAUUAAUUUCAGAAACAGACAAAACACAGGAUUUAGACGGUAAUGAAGUUAAACAUUCUCCUAUACUCUCCAAUGACGCCAAAUUACAAGAAGACAUAUUUUUAAAACAGAGUCAUAAGUCAGAUGACACAGAGUAUGUAGUGACCUUAGAAAAAGUAGAAGAAACACAAAUGUUGGUUGACAGUAAGGUUCAAAAUUAUCUUUUACUUCCUAAUGAUAACAAACAAGAAGACAACAGUAUUGACUCAAAUAAUCGAAAUCCUGUUGAAGUAGAAGAUGUAAUUUCAGAAGCAGAAGAAUCGCACGUUUCGGAAAUCUGCACGCUGGUAGACACUAUUGUUACAGACGUUGACACUGAUAAAUCAACUGGAUAUUGCCUUCAAACAACUACUGAAGCUCAUCACUCAAUAAUAAAAGAGACUGAAAUUAAUACUAAAGAUACUGAAAAUGAAGCACUAAACGCAGACAUCAUCCCUGAAGAUGAACAUCCGAACGAAAAGGAGUGCAAAUCUUCAGAAAUAAUCAUCAGUGAUGACUUAGAUGAUACAAAACCGUGUAAAUUGACUACUUCAGAUUUAAUUAAACGGUUCAGAGGUAAAAAGAAGAGAACCAAAAGAAAUUCCAAAAAAUCUCUAAUAGGAAAAGAAAGUGAUCAUGACGAAACUGUUAAGGAAGAGACCAUCUUUACAGCGCCGUCAGAUCAGACACUAGAACAAGAACAUACGCCUUUGGAAUCAAAAUACUCUGGACCCGAAGAUGCAAUAAUUGUGAAUGAUGUUGAUAUUUCCAUAGUCCAACCUGAAAUCUGCGAAAAGAAAGAACUGCAAUUUUUGCAUUUAGAUUCUGAAGAAAAUAAAACUCAAGAUACUGUUGUACAAGAACCAAACCAAAUAGAAGAAUUGGUCGGGAUUCAGUACCAAAAUAUUCCACCAUUGACCCUACCCGCUGAGCACAAUCAGUUUUUUGGAAAACCAAAUUUGGAAGAAAAAGAAAUAAAAAACUUAGUCGCUUCUGAAGAAAUGCAAGUUUUACCUGAGAAUGAUAUCCACAAUUCUUCUUUGGAACAUCAUUAUGAUGGUAAAGAACAAGAAUGCGUACAGCAGAGUCAGAAACGAGAUGAAUCUGAACACUUACUAACUUUAGAAUCAGUGGUAAGACUAGCUUUAGUUGACGACCAAUAUUCUCCAUUACUACUUUCUAGUAGCGUUAAAGAACAAGAAUGUACCCAGUUGUUGACAAGCACUUCUAAAUCAGAUAAAAUAGAAGAAUUAGUAACUUCAAAAACAGAAGAAAUACAAGUUUCAGUUGAGAGUCAAAUCAAAAAUUCUUCAGUACUUCCUAACGACGAAGAACAAAAACACAAGUUUCCAACACAAAAUCCACAAUUAAUAUCAGAAUCAGAAGAAAUACAUGGUUUAGAUGAUAAUGAAGUUAAAAAUUCUUCAGUACUUUCCAAUGACGCCACUAUAUUUUUCAAACCGAGUCAAAAGUCAGAUGAAAUAGAGUACGUAGUAACCAUAGAAAAAGGGGAAACACAAAUUUUGGAUGAUAGUGAAGUUCAAAAUUCUUCUAAUUAUAUCAUACAACAAAAAUGCAACAGUAUUGACUCGCAGAAUCAAAAUACAGUUGAAAUAGAAGACAUAAUAACUUCAGAAGCAGAAGAAACACACGUCCAAAACUGUUCAAUUCUACCAAGUGAUACUGAAGAACAGGACCACAACACACAGAGCUCAGAGAGUUAUUUCAAACAGAUCUCAAAACCAGAUACAAUAAAAGACUUGGCAACUUUAGAAGCAAAAGAAACACAAGUUUUAGUUGAUACUCGAAUGCAAAAUUCUUCACAGUUUUCCAAUGAUCAAGAACAGAACAGAUUUUCCACACCAAGUCCAAAAUCAGAUGAAAUAAAAGACUUGACAACUUUAGAAGCAGAAGAAACAGAAGAUUUAGUUGAGAGUGAAAUAAAAAACUAUUCUGUCCUUCUUAACGAAACUGAAGAACAUGAAAACAUAAGUUGUUUUACACCGAGUCAAAAAUUAGAUGAAAUAACAGACUCCACAGCUUUAGAAGCAGAAAAGUUACAGGUUUUAGUUGAAAGUCAAGUCCAAAAUUCUUUAGCAUUUUCCUAUGAUCAGGAACAAAACAGGUUUUUAACACCAAGUCCAAAAGCAGAAGAAACACAAGUUUUAGUUGAGAGUAAAAUCCAAAACUAUUCAGUUCUUCCUAAUGAAACUGAAGAACAUGAAAACAAUAGUCAUUUGACACAGAAUCCAAAGGCAGAUGUAGUAAAAGACUUGACUACUUUAGAAGCAGAUGAAACACAAGUUUUAGUUGAGAGUCAAGUUCAACCUUUUUCAGUCAAACCUAGUGAUACUGAACAACAAGAACACAAUACACAGAGCCCUAAAGCAGAUGAAAUACAAAGUUCGGUAGCUUCUGAAGUUUUAGUUGAGCUUGAAGCGCUUCCCAUUGAAACUGAAGAACAUGAAAACAAUAGUUAUUUCACACAUAGUCCAAAAACAGAUGAAAUAAUUGAAUUGGAAACAUCAGAAGACGAAACACAAGUUUUAAAUGAGACUCAAAUCCAAAAGUCUUCAAUCCUUCAUAAUGAAACUGCAGAACAAGGACACAAUAGUUAUUUCACACAGGGUCCAAAAGUAGAUGCAAUAAAAGACUUAAAAACUUUAGACGUAGAAGAAACACAAGUUUUAAAUGAGACUCAAAUCCAAAAUUCUUCAAUCCUUUCUAAUGAAAUUGAAGAACAAGGUCACAAUAAUUAUUUCACACAGGGUCCAAAAGUAGAUGCAAUAAAAGACUUUAAAACUUUAGUAGUAGAAAAAACACAAGUUUUAAAUGACACUCAAAUCCAACAUUCUUCAAUAUUUCCUAAUGAAAUUAAAGAACAAGAACACAGCAGUUAUUUUACAAAGAAUCCAAAAGUAGAUGAAAUAAAAGACUUGAAAACAUUAGGAAUAGAGGAAACACAAGUAUUAGCUGAGACACGAUUCCAAAAUUCAUCAGUUUUUCCUAAUGAAUCUAAAGAACAAGACCAUUACAAUUUCUUCAUGCAGAAUCAAAAAGCAGUUGCAACUUCGGAACCAGAAAUUUUAAUUCAGAAUCGAGUCGAAAAUUUAUCUGCAUCAAUUUCAGAAGCAAAUGAAAUAGUGGAAAAAUCAAAUUCUUCUUUAUCGUACGCAGAAAACGAAGGGCAAGAGCAAACUCAUUUUAUGUCACCACAACCACUUUCAGAAGAGUCUGAUAAAGAAGUUAAAGAUAAUUCUAAUUUAGCACCUAAUGUUAUUAAAGACCAGCUUGUGCCGCAAGCAAGUUCAACUUCUGCACCAAGGGAAAUAGAAUCCAAACAUGAAGAUAUUUUAGCACAAUUAGAUUCCGAAAUACAAGAAAUAGAAAGGGUAAAUAUCAAUAAACUAGCUUGCAAAAAAGAUCAUACUAUCAAAGAGGAAGUAAAGUUAUUCGACCAUUAUUUGAACAAUCCAAUACAUCGGAAAGGUAAUUUAGAAUUGCCCAUUGUUUGUCAAGACGAGCCAAAAUUAGUUCAUACCGAUGUAUUUGAUUGCGAUCCUUGUUCUGUCCAGAUAGAUGCAUUAAAGAAAGAGGAUAUUAAAGAAACUGGUGGAAUUAAACUAGAAAAGAAAGUUCUGAAACGAAAGGCUUCCACUUUAAACAUCGAGCCGCUUUGUAAGAAGUGCAAAUCAACUGCUACAACAGAUUUGAAAAAUAUCUGCAGUGUAACAGAGCCUGUAAAACAAAAACAGAAGGCUGCCGAUGUUCCAAGUACUUCAUACGAAGAGAUUCCGACUCAGCAAGAAUUCAAUCCGUUAUUACAGCAAAUCUCAUAUCCGAUGGCGUCAAAUGAGGAUAAUAUGACAGAGUUCUCGAAUGAUACGACCCUAGCGAACACUUCAAGCACUGAACUGGAUACGGAUCUUUUACCGAACGAUAUCAUGGAGUUACUGUGUUCUUUUCUGAAUCCCAAUGGCAAUGUUAAUAUCAACAACGUUAAUUGGAUACCUCCUGACCAGCGACAGCAAAGUUCUAACUUCAGUUCUAGAUAUAGAGACAGGAGAACCCAAGCUAUAUCUAUUGUAUCUUCCCGUACGAUUUCAACAACCAUUACUAACUAUCCCAGGAAGGAGAACGUCUUGUUUUCUCCUGAACAAAAUACCAACGGCGGUAUAGCUACGAUUACCUCCAAACAGGAGAUUACUUUGAACUUUAAUGGUCACCGCAACCAGAACAAUUCUCAUGGGAUAAGUACAAAUGAUAACUUGGCUAUGGAGCAUUGCUAUUCUCAAGGGACUCAAAUGGCUGGCAAUUCUGGUUUGAAUCAAUUGAAGGCCAUCAAGAGUGGAACCAACGAUGACCACAAUUAUAAUACCAGAGAUCCAGUAAUGAGCAUGGUGUAUAAUGGCGAUGACGUUCCUUUAAAUUACGACAACAUUUUCGGUCUGGAUCUACCUGAAGAGGACGACAGUCUCAGAAGAGGAUCCUACCCGAAUUGGGACCCGGAACCUAAAGUCAUUGUGGUUCCCAAUGAGCAGUACAGCGAAGACACUGAAUUAAAAGACUUUGACAAAUCUAGCGCCAUAUCGGAGACCAUAGACGACAGCCUAGUGGUCGAACCUUGGGACACCAAUGAAUUAAUCAAGAACGAAGCUGAUAGUUUGGUCAACGAGACCUGGAACGGCUCAGAAUCGUUAAAGAGCACCCAAAACGUCGUUUCGAACCAAUGGUCAUCUGUACCCAUCAAGAAUAUCGAGGUGGAAAUACCGUUCACAAACCAAGAAAAUUCCUGCUCGAAUUCGAUUAACAACCAGGAGGCGCACGAUACGAUAGGAAGUUGUCCCAAUAAUUUGUACAAUUCGAUAUUAAGCGAUUCUGCUCCAGACUCCUAUAUAUGGACGGAACCACCUUUCAAUGAUCAACAUCAUCCGGAAUUUACGUUGCCGGAAGAACCUUUGACUCAAGUACAAGAAGAAUCCCAAACGCCUCCCGAUUUGAGCUUCUAUGCCACGAAUUUCACCAGCUCUCCAGAAACGGACCGUUGUGAAACUCCUCAGGUAGUUAAAGAAGCAGAAGAAGUCAUGCAAGACGAAGCCACAAAUGAACCAUGGGAUAUUUCGAGACGAGUCGAUGAUAAAGUUGUCACGAACGUUUCGUCUGAGCAGUCGAAUUCCAGCGGUACCUCUAAGAGAAUUAAACAACUAAUGGAACUACAUAAAAAGAAGAUGGCUAAUAACGAAAUGCCUCCUAAGUCAAAAGGGAAGGCUUCGAAUACCAACAUUCCUGGUCGGCAGUAUUCCAGAACUCGUCCGACCAAUUGGAUCAGUUCUCCAGAUCUAAAUAAAAAAGAUACAACCAAACCUGUAAAAAAAGAGGAUGUAGGCAGAAGAUCUCCCAGGAUUUCCGAACAAAGCAAAAGUCCUAACAUCGUUAGCCCGUCUCCUCAUAGGAAUUCUAAAACCAAUUCUCCAGACCCCAUGAGGAUUAAAUCUGAAACAUAUCUAGAAACGAAAACAAUAAUACCAGCAACUUCAGAAAUUAGAAAUUACAAAGUAAAUGCGGUUUCGAAUUCUACCGUUGAAACAUUAAAAGAUGACAAAACUAAUAAUGUUAAAGAACCGUUAUCACAUUUACAUACCAAAAGAGCUAAAUAUCUAUUAGUAGAUCUUAAACAUCCUAAAUUGUCGACGAAGUCCGAAGACGUUAAAACCGAAGUUCCUGACAGGUUAGGAAGUCCAAAACACAAACCCGAACAAGAUAAUAAUACGGAAAAACCGUUAACAGAUAACACCACAAGUGCUAAUUAUUUAUCAGCUGAUGUUAAACAUCCUAAAUUAUCGACGAGAUCCGAAGAAGUUAAAACAGGAGUUAAUGCCGGGUUGAAAAAUCGCAAAUAUAAAUAUGAAGAAUCUAAUAAUACGCAAAAACCGUUAACAGAUGACACCACGAGUGCCAAAUAUUUGUCAGUUGAUAUUCAUCCUAAAUUGUCAACCGGGUUCAAAGACGUUAAAACCGGAGUUAAUGCUGGGUUGGCAAGUCCCAAAAACAGACACGAACAAACUAAUAAUACGAAGCAACCAUUAACAGAUGACACCACACGUGCCAAAUAUUUAUCAGUUGAUGUUAAACAUCCUAAAUUGUCGACCGGGUUCGAAGACGUUAAAACCGAAGUUACUGACAGGUUGGAAAAUCGAAAAUUAAAACACUAUCAAACUAAUAAUACUAAAAAACCGUUAACAAAUGAGUGCACAACUGUCAAUGUUGAUGUUAAACAGCCCAAACUAUUGACGAGGUCACAUGACAUUAAACCAACUAUUAUUUCUAACGGGGUGACAAGGUUGAAGAUCGAAAAUGUAAAAUACAAAAACGAACAGGCUGCUAAAUACAUAUCAGCAGAUACACAUCCUGAAUUGUUGAUAAAAAUUGACGAUGGUUAUCAGGAUGAUAGAUUGAUGGAAAGAAGAUCGAGUAGGUCUAGGAAUUAUUCUAAAUUUAACAAUACGUACUUGGAUAUUUCUAGUUCCCCUAUGAGUCCAUCCGAUAAAUCUUCGCCCGAUAUAUCUUCACUAGAUGAUACUAAGGUAACUUUCAAUUUGUAUGAUAAUUUGAAAUUGAGAAAACGAAAAGCUACGAUGAAGCGUUCCGCGGAUAGUUCAUCAGAAAAAGAUCCUCAACGGGACAACAAAAAUGCCUAUGAAGCCCAAUCUUUGGACGAUUUGAAAUUGACAAUUCGCGUAGCCGAUUACGACAACAAACCGUUACCGAAAGCAUAUUCGAACACCUCCAGUUAUCACUCGGUCGAUAAAUUACUGGGCAAUAUAGUCAAUGGCAACGGUAGAGAUGACAGGACGAGUUACCCGAUGGAAAUGAAAAAUAAGAAAAGGUCGUCGUCUUACGAGGACUCUCAUGAGAAACGAAAAUCGCAAAAAUGUAAUGAUGAUGUUUUCGAUGAACUUUGGAGGCAGGAGAGUACUAAUCCAUAUUUCAGUUAUUCUGAGAAUCAAGCUGCGUCAAGUGCAUCAAAAAACCAAAGGUACGAAUCGACGCAUUCAACUCACAGAAGGUCUUCCAAUGAUUCAAGUUAUAGUAAAAGGAGACCAUCAGGGGGUAGCACUAGCAGCAGCAAUUAUUGGAGGAAUAAUAGAGGAACAUCGAGGAGUUCGCAAAGAUACCCUGACUCCACGCGAUCCUAUCAAGAUUCCGGCUAUUCGCAUCCUGACACCAGAUCGUCGUACUCCACGCAACAUUCGUUUAGAGACAGCAGAGAUACCGGUCAUUUCUCGAGAAAGAGUACAGGAGGCGGGAGGACGCUGUCGUCCGGUUCCAGCUGCCGAACGACCCCGGCCAGCUCCAGCAGCAGGACACCGCAGUCGAGUUCCGGUUCUGGCGGUACCAGCAGGACAUCAUCGUCUGGUUGUAGCGGUUCUUCCAGACCACAAGCGCCUGGUUCCACCAGUUCUUCCAGGCCGCAGGUGCAUAGUUCCACAGGUUCUUUCAGGCCGCAAGUACCUGGUUCCACUGGUUCUUACAAACAAGCGCCUGGUUCCACUGGUUCUUCCAGGCAGCAGGAGCCUGGUUCCACUGGUUCUUCCAGAGUGCAUGCCCCUGGUUCCACCAGUUCUUCCAGAGUGCAUGCGUUUGGUUCCACCAGUUCUUCCAGACCACAGGAGCCUGAUUCCACCAGUAUCAGCAGGACACAAUCGUCCGGUUCGCACUCUAGUGCUAAUUCGAGCCCGCAGCAGCACCUCUCUGAAGAGAAGCGAAAUAAAUUGUUCGAAGAUCUCAGGAAGUGCGUACAGACCCAAGUGAGCAACAGCAACAGAAACGCUUCAUCGAACACAGAUUGGUGUAAACGGAUCGAUCCUCUACUCUCAGAAAAUAACGGACACUUAGGUAUGAACGGACGAGAUUCUUAGGACUGACAAAACUCCAGGAAGUACAAUGGUUAUUUUAACCGUUUCGCAGUUAACAUUGUUCAUUUAGAAUAUGCCAGGACGGUGAACGCUGUACGGGCAUAUUUCGCAAAAAGUGCUAUAAGUUCGUAUGUGAUUCAAAAGUUCUUAAAUAGAAAUUAGAACGUUAGUUAGUUAGUUAACAUUAUGCAGACACCGUUUAAUUUAUUUUUAUUUUUAAGGACUAAGUAAAUGUAAAGUUUGUUAUAGCUUUUUAA